ACAGAAAGGAGUACUUCCCCAAAUGGUAAAUCACUGAUAAGCUGCGGUAAUCUCACCUAUAAAGAGGAGCAUCCAAAGUUGCAGCAGCACAAUCCAAAGUUAACCUCUCAGUAAUCAAGAUGCAACUGCUGCCAAUCCUUGUGCUCCUCGCUCUCGUCAUCUGUGCCGCCUGCAAGAACCACGAGGAGUGGCGAGAACACCGACCAAGUGACUACGAUCCGAGGCCAUAUUCAAAGCAGUUCUAAAUCACCAGAAAACUACAACAAUGAGA